AUAUGAGUAAGGCCUCGCAGGUUCAGUGUUUGACCACAGGGGGGCGCUCCUUCUUUGACGCGCAGCAGGAGCAGAGUUUCUGCGUGUGUGCAACCCUGAAACCUUUCCCCCUCUAAAAAAAAAAAAAAAGCAGCAAGGAGAUCCGCGGUUUCCGUGUGAGUUCGCGGUUAGAUCAUGUCGGGAAGAAAGCCCCGGUCUGUGGCCAACCCCCUGGAGUCUGCCAUCACCACGCCGAGCGAGAGGAUCCUGAAGGAGUGCCACACGCUGUAUGCGGACGGCGACAAUGGUCUGGUAAAAAUUGCCAGCAGCCUCGGAGUCCGGCUCCUGCCUCCUAGAAAGAAGAUUAUCGUGAUGAUCAUGGGGAACCACUCUGCUGGGAAGAGCUCCUUCAUUAACUGGUACGCCGAGGAGCACAUUCAGAAAACCGGCGUGGCCAUUGAAACUCAGGGCUUCACCUUCAUCACAAGCGGCCGCAAGAGAGAGUCGCUGACGGGAAACGCAACAUUACAUCUCUACCCUCACUUUCGGCCUCUCCUUGAGUUCAAAGGUGUGAUGGACUACCUGUCUGCUGAGAUCUCCACCUCCAAGCAGAAGAAAUUCAGCCUGGUGACGUUUGUGGACACCCCCGGCUUGGUGGACGGGGACAUGAUCUACCCUUUUGAUGUCAACAGCGCCAUCACCUGGCUGGGAGAGCAGGCAGACCUGAUAUUUGUCUUCUUUGACCCGAUGGGUCAGGCGCUGUGCAAACGGACGCUCAACAUCGUGGAGAAGCUGAGCGAAAAAUGUGGCGACAAGCUGUUGUUUUAUCUCAGCAAAGCGGACGAAGCUGGGAAGGAGACGGACAGACAGAGAGUAAUGAUGCAGAUUGUCCAGGAGCUGUGCCGCCGUCCAGGCCUCAACAAAUGUGGUUUUGAGAUGCCGACAAUAUACAUCCCCAACCCACAGAGGCCGAGCAGGUGUGUGAACCAGAUUGACGGCGUUUGUCAAACGAUUGAGAAGACCAUCAACCAGGCCGUCCAGAAGACUUUGGAUCAGCUGGAGAAAGACUCUGACCUCAUCUGUUCGACCAUCAGCAGCAAACUGGAGCAGGACAGGGUGGACGUGGCUUCCAACAGAAGCGUCCGUCUUCACUCGGUUCUCUUCGGGGCGUUGGGCGUUUUGCUGCCGUUCCUCUUCAUCCUUAGUUUUAUCGUGAGCACCUUCUCCAAGGAGCAGCUUCACGAGCUGCUGGGCGAAGGUCCGACUCAGACCGUCACUGUUUUCACAGGAAUAGUGAUGUAUUUAUGGGAGUGGAUACCAGAAGACAAACAAGUCGUUUUUGUACUCUCUUUUGGGGCCUUUUGCUACCUCCUGCUGUUCCUGGCUAAAUAUUUUGCAGGCCGGAGGAACAAGACUCUGACGAAGAAGGAGAAGAGGAAGAUGAUGGAGUACAGUGAUUAUAUCCAUGAUAUUGUCAAAACUAAAAAGGCGAAACUGUACGAGUGGUACCUGCAGCAGUGCGCAGCAGAACAGGACCUGUGACUCUGCUGGUAAGAAGACAACGGUUCACGUCUGGAUUGUGGCGCUGCCUUUUGUUUUCGAGGUUUUUAUUGCAAAAAUCCACCCGUCUAAUAGGAACCUCUGAUUGGUAGCUGGCGUUUUUAUAGUUGAAUCAGCAAAUUAAAGACAAUCGUCCAGAAGGAUCGGGUGGAAGCUGCCGCACAGCAUAGAUCACUGCCAACUUCUAUCGUCUCAGCAGCGGAUGUGAAUAAGUGCCUUGCUUUUACGGGACAAGCUGUGUUUUUAAGCUCUUGGACAAAACAAGUUUUCUUAUUGUUUCUUUUUAGGUUUUGUGAUUAUAAAUGCAUACAGUGCUUAAACGAUCAAAUGUUUACAAAAGGACGUCUCCGUUUCUCCACCAGCAAAUACCUACAUUUUACAGCGUGUGUUCCUGUGUUGUCUUGGUCCAAAGUUCCUUACAGAACCACCCCGACUGACAUGUUACCUGAAUGUGUUGUCAUGCAUGUAGCGGCAAUAAUCGGUGCUACGAUCACAGCCGGGCAUUGAAAAUAGAUGUGAAGAAGCAACAAACCUGCAAAAAAAAACAAACAAAAAAAACUGUCCACCAUCUAGUAAAGUUUCUGUUUUGUGUAGUUUUAUAUGUGCAGUAGAAUAGUGUGAAGCUGGGAGAGCAGUACAGUCGCCGCACUGAUGCGUAGCUCCUAGUCGAGCUACAGCACUGAACUGAUGUUAUCUCUGCUUAAUGCCUUCGCUCCAGUGUUUAGUGAUUCAUGAAUAUUUAUAAGGAUUACCAGCUGAGGUGCUUUUCCUCUAUAAGGGCUGCAUCAACCCAAACCAUCAUGCCUCAUUAAAUGUCAGCAGUCUGAAGUUAUUUGUCCAUUUCCUGCUGAUCUCCUUUCACUCACUUAUAGCAGGCCACUGUUUCAGUUUGAUGCGUUAUUGGCUACAGGGGAUAAAAAGGAUAAAGGUAUUUUACUCAUUGUUAUUCUUAGGCUACAUUUCCUCUUUUAGAUUCUUUUUGAGUCUUAUCGGUCAUUCUACUGGAUCAAGAUACCAUUAGGAUCGUUUGCAACUAAAAAGACGCCUCUGGAUGUCUGGCAGAAAACAGAUUGCGCUGAAGUUUUCAGAUUUCUGCUACCAAAGUUGGAUUUUGUAAUGUCUCUCUGAAGCUCCUUCAUUUCUAAAACGAUGGUUCGUCCAGCAUGUCCUAAUACAAUUAAGACCUGAAAAUGUGAACUAUUGGGGUCACAGGGGGCGACAAUUUAACAGUUUUGCCUUUAAACAUUUGCACAAGCUUUUAAAUGUAAAAUUUGUGAUCUGCUGGAUUGCAUUUGGUUUUACAGCUGAAGCUAAUAAAGUUUCUGUGAAAUGCACAAUGAUGGGGCGACAUUUUAGAAAAUCCUACUUAUAAAAUUAAGUAGGAUGUGUUUAACAUCGAAUGCAUAAAUAAUGUUAUUUUCAAUAAAUUCAGUUGUUGAAAAUGGAAUGUAUAGCAGUAACUCAGUUCAGCAAGUGAAA